AUGGACAACAGAUCUGCAGUUCACGUUUUCACUUUAAGUGGGUUACAAGAAGCAAGGACAAGUAAGUCCUUGUACUUUGGUUUAACUCUUAGCAUUUAUAUUCUGAUCAUUGUAGUGAAUCUGACUCUGAUAAUUAUCAUCUCUGCAGAAAAAAGCCUUCAUGAACCUAUGUAUAUAUUUUUGUGCACCCUUUGUGGCAAAGGGCUUUAUGGGACUGCUGGAUUUUACCCAAAAUUCUUAAUGGACCUGACAUCUGAAAUUCAUGUCAUUUCAUAUGACUUCUGUUUGGCACAAAUAUUUGUCAUCUAUACAUCUGUUUUGUGGGAAAUAAGUAUAUUAACAGUUAUGGCGUAUGACAGGUUUGUAGCAAUAUGCAGACCCCUGCAGUACCACAAUGUAAUGAACCCUCUGAUGGUGGUAAAUUUACUGCUCCUUGCCAUGUGUUUUCCACUUAUGUGGUCAGUUGUGUUAAUCGUGCUCACGGCGAGGCUUCCUAUCUGCGGUUCCCACAUUGACAAACUGUACUGUGACAACUGGUCAGUUGUCAAACUCUCUUGUGUGCCUACCACCAAGAAUAAUAUAAUUGGAAUUAUUGUAAUCCUAACACAGGCAUCUCAAGCAGCUUUCACUCUGUAUUCUUAUUGGCAGAUAAUACGGAUAUGUCUGAAGUCCAGAGAAGGAAGGACCAAAUUUAUACAAACAUGCUUGCCACAUUUGCUGACCAUUACAAAUUUCAUAAUAUCGACUCUCUUUGAUGUCAUAUACAGCAGAUACAGGUCCAGUAUGAUUUCUCAGAACCUAUAUAAUUUCUUGACAGUGGAAUUUCUAGUCGUUCCCCCCCUUUUUAAUCCUAUUGUAUAUGGUCUGAGUCUACACAAAGUGCGAAGCAGCAUGUUGAAAAUAUGUGUUGGACAAAAUAAAGGAGUAGUCAUUAACUAG